CGGUUGUACAAUCGGCGCUUCGAUUAUCUCCGACGCGGAGAUUUGACGGUGGCAAAGUGACAGUGGUUCGAGCUCCCGGAAGUUUUCAAGGUCGCACGAGGCCGCUGGAAAUGGAAGUGCGAGGGACGGCGAGCAGGGAUUUACCGAAGGACGUCAGCCGGUUAUGGGGAGGAGAAAAAUUGGCGGAUAAAUGUGCGGAGAGGAUUUAAGAAGCGAAGAGUUGAAUAAAAAGGAGACGGAGUAUCUGAUUUCUGAACGUCUGAGUUUUCGACUGCAGCGCACGGUGGCUCGGCGAAUCAAAGUGGCCGUGAGCCUGGGCACCGGCUCCGUGCUCCUCGUCGGUGGGAGUGGACCGUGGGGCAACAGCUCCGAGAGCAAAAAUCACGAACCGGUGGAUUCCAGGACGGCGAGUUGGAGAGAGAACCAUCCUGCGGCAUCCUCAAACGUCAAGGGGAACAACGUCCAGGAGGAACGGACGAGAGGCCUCGUUCAACAACUUCGAGUCCUCGGAAGACACGACGACGAUGCCCUCGACACUCAGGAAACUUCGUGCUACGUUCUCGAAGGUUCUCAUACCGCUUGACGACAGAUUUACGCUCAUGUUACGCGUUUCAUUGUACAACUAUCUUCUAAGAGCACACUCAAAUCAUUCAAUUUCACGCUUCGUCGCAUCGCGUGGGUUAUACCGCGGCGCAAGGACGGCAUGUGAUUUUUUACAAUGCGUCUAAGAAUAUGUAAUAGCUCCGGGAAAUCCGAGUUUCGAACUCACAAUAACUUUUUAUUCGUAACAUCGGGUCGCUUCGACCCGGGGAAAAUGCUCGAUUUCGAAAAAAUUGAAAAAUACUCAUUCUCCGACUUCUGUGGUGGCAAAAAAUGCAUCAAGAUUUACGAGCUCGCAAAGUUUCCUGAGUCGAUACGACCCACGCUGAUGAUUACGAGGAGUUGAAAAAUGGCAGUAACCUCGAGUCAAUGCUGGACGAUCAGACGGGUCGUGCUUCUCGACAAAUUUUCCAUUCUUCAUCUCCGAGUAUAAGCAUUUUUGUAACAAAAUAAACAAUGAUCACGCAAAAAUAACGCAAAACUCAAUGUCACUUGCCUUCAAAGUGUUGCCGAGUUAGAAAUAAUGAAUAUUUAAGCUUAAAGAAAAUAAUUUGUAAUAUCCACGUGUCUUUUUAUGUGUUUAAAUAAUUGGUUUAUCGAAUAAUUGCGUAGUAAAAUUCAUCAAUUACGUGCAAUUACGUGUACUCAAUAACGUGCAAAUAAAAACAUGGGAUCGAACAGAUUCACAAACGUGA